AUGACACGUCUUUAUGGGGUCCGUGACCGGAGCCCCUCUCCCUGCCAAUCUUUGGAGUCCUGUGCUAAUUCAUCAAGGGAGUUAAAGGAUCCUUACAUUUGGCUAAAGUGGUAUGUGUGCAAUACGGAGCAGUUGUGUGAAGCACUUCAGCCUAUCUUCAUCCAGAGUUACCUUGACCAAGGAACCCGGAUCUUCUUAAACAAUAGUAUUGAGAAGUCGGGCUGGUUGUUCAUUCAACUUUAUCACUCCUUUGUAUCCUCUGUUUUUAGCCUAUUCAUGUCCAGGACGUCCAUCAAUGGCUUGCUGGGAAGAGGUUCCAUGUUUGUGUUUUCACCUGAACAAUUUCAGAGACUGCUCAAAAUCAAUCCAGACUGGAAGUCCCGUCGGCUUCUCGAUUUAGGAGCUGGAGAUGGCGAAGUCACAAAAGUCAUGAGUCCCCACUUUGAAGAAACAUACGUGACUGAGUUGUCUGAAACAAUGAUUUGGCAGCUUCAAAAGAAGAAAUACAGGGUGCUUGGCAUCAAUGAAUGGCAGAACACAGGAUUCCAGUAUGACGUCAUCAGUUGCUUGAAUCUGCUGGACCGCUGCGACCAGCCGUUGACCGUAUUAAAAGAUAUCAGGAGCGUGCUGGAGCCGACGAGAGGCCGAGUCAUUCUGGCACUGGUUCUGCCUUUUCAUCCAUAUGUGGAAAAUGGUGGCAAGUGGGACAAACCUUCCGAAGUUUUGGAAAUCAAAGGACAGACGUGGGAGGAGCAGGUGAACAGCCUUCCCGAAGUUUUUAAGAAAGCUGGCUUUGCCAUCGAGGCAUUCACCAGACUACCAUACUUGUGCGAAGGCGACAUGUACAACGACUAUUACGUCUUGGAUGACGCCGUCUUUGUGCUCAAGCCAAUCUGAAUCGUGUCCUCGGGUCCAACCGGAAGCCACCAGCGAAUAAACCAUUUUGAUUCUUUUGAUUGGUUGAUUUUUGUUUAUUUUGUGGUUUUGUUUUUAAUUACGAUUAAUUACAGGACGGGGGAUUUUUGUGGUUGUCUAACCUCAGUUGGCAUCAUGACUGAAAAUCAAAAUACUAAUUUCUUCGUAAUACCCUUUUUUUUUAAGGACAUCCUUUUGAAAACAUCAGAGUUCUUUCCAUUAUGAUUUCUUAAACCCAGGACACAUCUGAUGAAGUGGAGAUAUUUUUAUACCUAGCCUUGUAGGACUACUGAUCCAGUAAUUGCCAAGAAAUGAUGCAAACAAAGCCAGCCCAGCCCAUUUUCCUCAAGGACAUAUAAAGCGAAUACCGACAAUAGAAUUGUCCAUCCGCUCAACUUGAAAUCUGGGUUGGUCAAACGUCGGGCUAGACUUUUUUUUUCCUUCCGUGUUUCUGAAAUUAUUUUCUGUUGGUCUUCAGCACAUGUUUUUAAUCAUGCUAAUAAAACUUUUUUUGA